CAAGCGCGAUCUAAAUUCACGUGACAUGUCGGCCAAUACGUCAUUUUCUAAUUUGAUACAUAGAAUCAAAAUGGUCCAUCGAACAUACGCCGCCGUAAUCUGUAGAGAUAUUGUUACUGCAGGGCUAUGAAAAUGGGCAGUUCGGGGCAGCUCAUGAAGAUAUUUGAUGACGCGCAUGAGUUUUUGAACCCGGUUUUAAAAAGAGAGGAGAUACAGAAAUCUCGCGGCGAUUCUCUCGUCCAAAUUCUAGCUCGAAAAAUCCCAGUUCAAGGCAAAGAAGAUGACAGCACUACUUUUCAUGUGAUUCAACGGGCACUAGAUCUUCUUGUGACAAUUCAUCGUGCCUAUAUUGAUUCAAGUCUGGACGUUGGGAUCGAAAAUUCCAAAAGAAAUGGACGCAGAGAAGACCCCGUUCUUGAAGAUACCAGGCGGCGACGGGUGAUCCAUGGCCUACUUGAUCUCAUUUCCCUUGAGGGCAUAUACCCUGCACUAUCCCAGGGAGUUGGGAUUCCGCUUCAGCAACGGGUUCUGUCUGUUCUCCCCACUGGCGUUGUUGCAACACAGGCAGAAGCGACUUCCGCCAACAAACCACACGAUGAACGUCUAUUACUUUUUAUAAUAGACACUUUAAGGCCCGUUGUUUGUGAUAAACACUCUGGUAUUCAACCGAUAAUUAUGGGAAGAAUUCUCGCUGAUAUAUUGUGUGCUACCGCGGAGCUCGCAUUUCAUUCACAUUCUCUGCCACAGAAGCAAAUUACCACAUAUAGGGAACUAUUUCAAACGAUCAUUGAAGAAUCCCCAACACCCUCGUUGCUAACGCUCCUCUCAUCGUUUGUCCAAACAAGUUCUGCGUCAUGGUUCAAAAACAUAAUCUCUUCUCAGCUAUCGCAGGUUCCUUUACGUAAAGAUGGUGUGUUCCAAAUCGUUCUUUUUAUAGCCUCCCAAUUUGCACCGGUUUUGGGGCAACAACCUGCGGAUACCGCGCCCUCUCAAGGUCCUCCAAUCACCGUGCAAGCUAUCAUGCAAACAUCUCGUUUACUUUCCUCACUUCCUCAAGGAAUUUCGGCGGACGACUAUUUCUGUAAUACUGCUCCAAAAUUGCUGGCGCUUUUAGAUGGGGAUGAACCGGAUUUUCAGAAAACGGCAUCGUACGUGAUUGGUAGUGGAAUACUCGCAAAACGGGCUCUUGGAGAGCCAGGUGCGAUUGGUUAUAGGAUAUUCGUGAAACCUAUCCUCGACUCACUCCAUGGCAAUAUGACAAACGAGGUUGCUGCGUGGCUGAGAAGGUUUUCGUCAGAUGGCUCUGCAUUAACAGGAAGCCCACUAGAUAACUUGGAGGGCGUAGUCCUCAUAGAUGAACCAAAGUUGCUCCUAUCCAUUACAAGGCUGAGCGCUCUAGUUUUAUUACACCCAAAUCCCGGCCUUUUAAAACGGCUCGUUCAACCUGUCUUACUUCCGCUAUGGGCAUUGGGGUGCUACGCCAGAGAGCAUAGAAAAUCAUUCUGGUAUGGCAAAGUCUCUAGGCUCCUGCAGACCUUUUUCAGUGUGUCAGCUGGGAUAUCAAGAUACGAGAAACUGUCCGAUAAUAUACUGUGGGACGGAGGAAGUACCUGGACAUUUGGCCCCGGCCAAAAAGGCGGCAUUUCGAUUAGAAAACGCACAGAAUCUCUAGCUCAGGAAACACUCAAUGCAAUGCUUCUCGUGAAGAUUUUGGAUGACCGCAUUGAUAGCGUCUUAGAACUGCUGGCCAUGGACCCCCAAUCCGAGGAGCUUGCUGGUGAUGUUUUUCUCCACGUUAGCCAGAAAUGGCUACUUGGGUCUUCAGAACAACACGACAAGAACAAGCCAGAACUUUUGCAAGCUGGUGAGGAUAUGCAUAUCACUCUGCAGAAGCUGGCCAGUGCGAAAUUCACGGAGAAAUUGCUCAACAAGUUCAAAAAUGGUUUAUCACAGCACCCUGACAAGAUAUUGGGAAUCAUCGAGCAGUUGAUACAAAGCGAGGUCGUUUUGAGGACAAACAAAGCCCGCGGGAAAUCGAAGAAUUCAUCAUUUCGGUUUUUAAGUAACAUCGUUGAGAACCAGGAGGUUACUGAAAGCGAUAAUCCAGAGCAAUCCGAGUCUCUAUCGGCUGCAUUCAGUCUUCUUUCUACCAUCCUCACUUCUCCCGGUUUUUCCUUGUCAGAAACACUGUCUUCAAUUAUUCAAAGAAUAAAAUUCCAGUUGGACACGCUACUACCCCUCUUGCCGCCUCCCCUUGUACAACCUGCAACCACCGCGUCAAUGCUUGCUGAAAUCACUCUCUCCUCUUCAUUGCCUGCUGAACGGAAGUCCGAGGCAGUUUCUUCACGGAUAUCGGACCUGGAAACACAUCGCAAAGCUCUCGAACAUAUCUCAUCCCAGUUACCUCCAAUACAGGCAGAAGGGCUUACUCUUCUCUCACGUCUGAUCACCCAAUCGUCACCAGUCCUUGAUAUACCUGCCACCCUCUCACUUCUCCUUUCUUUAAUCACCAAUUCAGAUGCCGAAUCGUCAUCAAACGAUGAAUUUAUUUACCUGAAUGUUGUUAAGAUUAUUGGAGUUCUUGCGUCCAAGCACCCACGUACAGUAAUUAAGACCCUUGCAGAGCGUUAUGCAGAUAGAAGCGAACAACAUAGCCUCGAUCAACGAUUGAGAAUCGGGGAGGCAUUGUUGCGGACGGUCCAGGAGCUAGGAAAUGCAUUGGUCGAGAACACGGCCAGAACACUCGGCGAAACCAUGAUCGCAGUAGCGGGGAGGCGCGGCAGGAAGCCUUCCGCAAAACGGGCCAGAGAGGAAAUGGCGGAGAAGAAAUCAAAAACGCAACCGGCGGAGACGGAAGACGAUGCACUAGACCGUGAAGCUGCAGACUUAAUGCAGCAGAUUGACGAAGCAAUGGAUCCAGAGGCAGAAAAUCCAGCUCUCACAGCUUACUCCGCUAAUAUAAUCGAUGCAUGGGCUGCCGGAGCUGCGUCUGACCUAGAGCCGGAUGAUCUACGCAUUCGGGCAUCCGCUAUGUCUAUCCUCGCAUCAGCCAUCCAGACAAACCUCGCAGGUCUUGGGCCGUCCAUUGCAUCCUCGUCUGUUGAUCUAGCACUAUCAACUCUGAACCUUGAGCGGGGUCGCGAGAGUGUCAUCCUGCGACGAGCCGCCGUCAUUCUACUUCUUGAUCUCGUCAAGGUGCUCGACGCAGCCAGGGAAAGCGGGAUUAACCUCGGUUUCGGAUUCUCCUAUUAUAAUAAUAAUAGUAAUAGCAAUAGCAAUAGUAACCCGUCUGUGGGCUUCAACAACGAUCAACAAAGGUAUCCGAACGAGGGAGCCAUCGGCAACAUACCCGAUUGUCUCCGCAUCUUAACAUUCGUGGAAAGUAACGAAACUGACCCUAUCGUCCGUGGGCACAUACGAGUGCUUAUCGAGAGCUUAGAGGCAUGGCUUGAAAAGUCGUUGUUGUGGGGAGUAAGAACUCGUGAGGGCAUGGAUGAGCAACCUAGGUUCGAGUUGGGGGAUCGUUUGGCUGGAUUGGAGAUUCAUCCGCAUCUGGGUGGUGAUGAGAGUGCAGGUCAGCCGUCGGUGCAAGGGCCAAGGAUCGAGGAAAUUGAAUAGGCCGUCUGCUCGUAGGGGAGGGUGCAUGCGGGCAUUGCGUUUUAGUAUUUGCGAAUGCCAUAUGUAUUAUUCCAUGUAUGUAAUGAAGUGGUCUUUUCUUGUUGGCAUAUAUACAGACAGACCCGCUGUGAAUGCCAAAGUACUAUCUUUCCUGAGCAUAAGAUGAGGGCUUUACCCAUCAUACUUCUGAUUCGGCUUAAGCUGCCUUCCUUGAGCACAAUAAUGAACGAUUCAUCGAGUGGAGGUUUUUCGUUAGGGUAGGUGAUUGGGAUCGAUGCCUCCGAUCAUGGGGUAUCUAUCAGGCUCUAUCAGGGAAGCUAGAUCCCCCUAAACCAGUGAUGAAAUCGUUGACUAUACCCAGCAAAUAAAUUUGUUUUCUGUUAAGUGUCGUGUCUAGUCAUACAUGCAGAGUGAAAAAAGCAUCUCACAGCCCAUUUCGCCUGCCCUGUGACCCAUUCUCAAAGCAGAUUACAGAACAAGUCAAUAUGAAAAGAAAAAAUAAAGAGAAAAAUGAGGUAAAAUGAAAGAAAAAAAAAUGUCCUUGAAACCUCAAAAGCGGAGCACGCAGUCCCAGUUCUGUAUUUUUAUAUCGGGGGACCAUAAUAUCCCCCACGGCCACCUCGCCCUCCACGCCCUCCCCUGCCUCCACCUCCCCGCCCUCCAC